GGUGCACAGGACUACGAUAUAGUGAUGCUCAAAACGGAUUAUAUUAAAAGUGUAAAAGUGAUUAAGAAAGGAAAGAUGGACGAGAUCGUACUUCCAAGCGUUUCAUACCAUUCGAUUAGUAAAAAGGAAAAGGCGAUGGAACAGGAAGUACUUUCCCGAAAGAUUCCAAAGACUUCUCCGUAUGGCAAUUAUGUCUUUGCCUAUUUGUCAAAGCUUGGCGUGUGCGAAUGGAAGGAAGAGUCGAUUAUUGUUGAUGGAGAUGUUACCAUUGCGCCUCCCUAUGGUGUUACGGACGUUUCAGGUGAGAAUGAGGAGCAUGUAAAUGAAGUGAAAGAACGGUUAUCAAAUAUGAAAUAGUUCUAA